AUGGCCAACCUCUCAAAAGCCGAGGUGGACGACGUCCGUGAGGUGUUUGAGGUCUUCGAUUUCUGGGACGGUCAUGAUGGCAUGGUGGAUGCUAGCCGUGUCCCCGACCUCCUUCGAUGCACUGGGCUCAACCCAACCAACGCCUGCUGCCUUAGGAAUGGAACUUUGACUGUGGCAGAUGAGUUGCACUUAUGCUGCUUCUUUGAUCAUUUCUAUGAAACGGAAGUUCUCCAGGCCAUCACAGGAACCGGGCUUGACGGAGCCAAGCCUCUGCCAGCGGGAGGACUAGUGUCUCUCUUCCGCAUUUCAGGCGAAUGUCAGUACUCCUUCGAGGAGUUCCUCUCAGUGUAUCAGGCCAUAAAGUAUGAGAGCGCUCCACCCGACAAGGACUUAUUCAUGCAAGUCUUUAAAAGCUACGACCGCGAAUCUCAGGGCGUCUUGAGUUCUGCCCAGAUCAAACACAUUCUGGAGACUUAUGGAGAACGCCUGAAUGAAGAUGAGACUGACAAAGUGUUCGAGUUAAUGGGCUAUCAGCAUGGAACUGUAAAGUAUGAAGAAAUGAUUGACAGAAUACUGGAGGAGCCGACGGAACCUGAGCUGUCUGAAUGA